AUUUCGCAGUACUGUCUCCCCCACAUGAAUGAACGAAUCCGCCCUUUAUGAAAGGCGUCUCUUCACACUCAGGAACAGUUUGCUCUCACUUUCGACUCUUCCUUCGUCUGAUCUUCAACUCUUUUGAUCAAAUAAUUAAAUUCGGGUUUUUUAUGAGUAAUCAAAAGCAGCAGAAGCCGACGCUAACAGGCCAGCGUUUCAAAACUAGAAAAAGAGAUGAAAAAGAGAGGUUUGACCCUGCACAGUUUCAAGAAAGUAUUGUACAAGGCUUGAAUCAAUCUGGAACUGAUUUGGAGGCUGUAGCAAAGUUUCUUGACUCCUCUGGGGCCAAGCUUGACUACCGUCGCUAUGCGGAAACCCUCUUUGACAUCCUGGUGGCUGGUGGAAUGCUGGCUCCAGGUGGUACCUUGGCUGAUGACGUGACUCGGACUGAGUUCUGUCUCUUCACUGCUCAAGAGGACCUUGAGACUAUGCAAGCAUAUGCUCAGGUUUUUAACAAGUUAAUCAGGCGAUAUAAGUACCUCGAGAAAGGCUUCGAAGAGGAGAUUAAGAAGCUGCUGCUAUUUUUAAAGGGGUUCACAGAGUCUGAGCGCAACAAGCUUGCCAUGUUAACUGGCAUCCUGUUGGCUAACGGGAACAUAUCAGCCUCAAUUCUAAGCAGUCUCUUCAAUGAGAACCUUGUUAAAGAAGGUGUUUCUGCUGCCUUUGCUGUGAAACUGUUCAAAUCCUGGAUCAGUGAGAAGGACAUCAGCUCAGUGGCUGUCAGUCUUCGCAAAGUUGGAAUGGACAACAGGAUGAUGGAACUGUUUCCAGCCAACAAGCGAAGCUGCGACCACUUCUCAAAGUACUUCACUGAUGCAGGGCUUAAGGAACUUUCAGAUUUUGCACGUAAUCAGCAGUCUAUAGGGGCUCGCAAGGAACUUCAAAAAGAACUCCAAGAGCAGAUGUCUCGUGGAGAAUCUUUUAAAGAGAUCAUUGCCUAUGUCAGGGAAGAGAUGAAGAAAUCUGACAUCUCUGAGCAAACAAUGAUUGGAAUUGUCUGGACCAGUGUGAUGAGCUCAGUAGAAUGGAACAAGAAGGAGGAGCUGGUCACUGAACAAGCCAUUAAACACUUGAAGCAAUACAGUCCUCUUCUGAAGGCCUUCACCUCCCAGGGCUUAUCAGAACUCACACUACUGCUAAAGAUUCAGGAGUACUGCUAUGACAACAUCCACUUUAUGAAGGCCUUCCAAAAGAUUGUGGUGCUACUGUAUAAAGCGGAUGUUCUGAGUGAAGAGGCGGUUCUGAAGUGGUACAGUGAAGCACACCUUGCCAAAGGAAAGAGUGUUUUUCUUGAACAGAUGAAGAAAUUUGUGGAGUGGCUCAAAAAUGCAGAGGAGGAGUCCGAGUCGUCAGAGGAGGAAGAAGCUGAUUGAGCACCUCAAAUCUGGACCUGCCAUUUUGAAAUAAAAGUAGCAGCAACAGCUGCAGAAUGUUUUACUACAAAUAUGCUUGUCUCCCUUACCCCUUCUUCCUAUAUUUUGAAACCAUAAGAUGUAGAGGUAAUUUAAGGGCUGUAACAUGUUUGUUUUAACCUGUUUUAAUAUAUCCUAACUGGCUUUUUCUUAUCCAUCUUAAGCUUUGAAAUAAAUCAUACUGUCUAA